GAGGCUGAGAAAGAGCUGUCGGCCAGCAAUGAUGACCUGUCUGAGAAUAACACACCUAAGGAGAAAAAUAUUUUCAGCAACAUGUUCAAGAAGCCACAGAAACCUGCAGAGGGCGCUGCAGCAGACAAGGACGAGUUGCUCGACAGCGAUCUCUCUGCCAGCACUGAGAAUUUAUCUGGGAACAAACAGGAGAAAGGUGGAAAGUUGUUCGGCGGUCUCCUUAAAAAGACUCCCAAAGCGUCCGGAGUGAAGGCUGAGACUCUGGAAGGAGAGGCUGAGAAAGAGCUGUCGGCCAGCAAUGAUGACCUGUCUGAGAAUAACACACCUAAGGAGAAAAAUAUUUUCAGCAACAUGUUUAAGAAGCCACAGAAACCUGCAGAGGGCGCUGCAGCAGACAAGGACGAGUUGCUCGACAGCGAUCUCUCCGCCAGCACUGAGAAUUUAUCUGGGAACAAACAGGAGAAAGGUGGAAAGUUGUUCGGCGGUCUCCUUAAAAAGCCUCCCAAAGCGUCCGGAGAGAAGGCAGAGACUCUGGAAGGAGAGGCUGAGAAAGAGCUGUCAGCGAGCAAUGAUGACCUGUCUGAGAAUAACACACCUAAGGAGAAAAAUAUUUUUAGCAACAUGUUUAAAAAGCCGCAGAAACCUGCAGAGGGCGCCGCAGCAGACAAGGAGCUGGAGGUGAACACAGAAAAACUGUUAUCUGGUAGCUGUGAGAAUCUGGAGGACACCCCCGCCCCAAAGGAGAAAAAAGGAGGCCUGGCUGGCAUCUUCAAACGAUCAGGGAGCAUCGACAACCUGUUUGACGAGGAGAAAGGCGGGCUGUUCGGUGGUCUUCUUAAGAAAACCCCCAAAGCGUCUGGAGACGAGGCGACAGCAGAGGACAAGGACGACCAGAAGGAGCUGUCCGCGAGUAAUGACAGUCUGUUUGAAAACAACAACACAAAGGAGAAAAAUAUUUUCAGUGGCAUUUUUAAAAAGACUGCUAAACCAUCAGAGGGGACGACAACAGACGAGGAAUUAAACGAGGAUACAAAGUUAUCAGACAGUUGUGAAAAUCUCUUAGAAGCAAACAAAGCAAAGGAGAAGACAGGAGGACUGGCAGGGAUCUUCAAGAAGUCUCCAAAACCGUCUCCACGCCUAUUUGCUGAGAAGGAUCCUCUCAAGGACACAAGCGAUCUUUACGGCAGCUGCGACAGCCUGCCAGGAUACGGAGAGGAUGACCUUUCAGCACUCGGUGAAUUGUCCAACAGUAACGAUAAUCUUAUUGAAACCACAAAGGAGAAAAAAGGAGGGUUCGCUGGAAUAUUCAGGAGGACGCCCAAAACCAUUGAACAACAGGACAGUGAGGACUUGGAGGCACCGACAGGAGGCAUCGGGCUGAGGCGCAGGAAAACCAUCAAGAAGAAAAAAAGAGUUGUCUCAUUCAGAGUCAAGACAACUCGUCCCAAAAUGUCAAAGUUGAAUUUACAGGGUUCAGACAAGAUGGCUGAUAUUCAGGAAGUUGUUGAGAUGCAGGAUCUGAACCCAGCACAGGAGAGCACUGUGGACGUGCAGAAUGUGGAGAUGGCAGCUUAUCCCACUGGAGAACACCCUCUGGAAACUGAGCCGGAAAGUGAUGAAUUGACGCUAUGGUGGAACACAGUAAAAGGCUGGGCAGAGUGGAACGAGAACUCUAACUUACAGGAGCAAGAUGAGGAAAUGAUGAUGGAGCAGGCGGCUGAUCGAGUCUACAUGGCCGCCCGUCUGUUCGUGCGUCUUUUCAACAAGCGAGGGGCGUCCUUACAGCAUCGAAUCCUGGAGCUGAUGGCUCUGGCCGACGCUGCGGAUGAAUUCCACAAGAAGACGGUGCAGGCUGCGGUGGGGGGGGGCGUGGCCAGUGUGGCGGGCAGCAUCGCAACGAUCACUGGCCUCAUCCUGGCUCCUUUCACUAUGGGCGCCUCUAUUAUCGUGACGGCGGUGGGGAUCGCCGUGGCGACGGCCGGCAGCAUCACCUCGGCAACAGCCAACAUCACGGACACAGUUCACUCCAACAUGGACCGGAAGAAUCUGGAGAAAAUGAUCCAGGGAUACCAGGAGGAGAUAAAGGACAUCAGGGAGUGCAUGGAGUUUGUGCAGGCCGGUAUGGCCACCCUGCAGGAGUGGGACUUUGAGAAAUACUCCCAGAGCGCUGCGAAGAAGGCGAUGAACCACAACCUGAAGCACGUGAUGAAGGAGGGCGGCCGCGCGGGGAAGGCUCUGAUGAUCAACACGGAUAAACUCAUCAGCACCGUGCAGGUUCUGGGCGUGGCAGGCGGAGCCGCUAAAGCUGCGCAGGCCAUCAGCGUCACCACGGGCGUCAUGUCGGGUCUCUUCCUCGCUCUGGACGUCUUCUUCCUCGCCAAAGACUCUCACGAGCUCCGCAAGGGCGCCAAAACUAAAUUUGCCACCAAAAUCAGGGACGUGUGCAAAGAACUACAAGAUGGCCUCCUGGAUCUGAACAAGGUGAAGACGCAGCUGCAGAAAACCAUGGACGGCAUCGAGGUGGAGGAGUUCGAGGAGAUCGUGGAGGUGGAGGAAGAGGUGGACGACGAUUUCGAGUCUGAUCCCAAGAAGCUGGCGGAGCUGGAGCAGGAGCUGGACCUCAUGGAGGAGAAGAUGGACAAGAAGGUGGAGGAGCAGAAGAAGAUUAAAGAGGUGGAGAAGGAAAGUGUGAACAAGGAGAAAAAGGAGGAGAAGAGUGUGAGCGGAAAAGGAGAGGGACUUAAGAACAAAGAGGAAAUAGAGGAGGAAAUGAGAAAAAGGGAUGCCGUGACGGAGAAGGAGAGCACGAAGGGAAAAGGUGACGGAGAAAAGAAGAUGGGGAAGAUUUCUGCUGAGGCAAAGGAGCAGAAAGUGGAGAGCGUCAAAGCGACUAGAGAGGAGGUUUUGAAAGAACAGCCACAGAAAGGGAAGAAGAAAGACAAAGAAACGGAGAACCGAAUCACAGCCGGUAGAGAAAAGCCUGAGAGCAAGCGAGAUCAGACCAGAGAGGACAAAAGUGUGAAUAAAAAGACUGAGGAGAAAAAUACAGCUGGGAAAGAACAGGAGGAGAUGAAGGGCAGAUCAGGUGAGAGGGUAAACCCGGAGAGAGAGAGUAAGAGGAGCGGCAGAGAGACGGGGGAGAGUGGGAGGGGCGAGAAAGAUCGAUCCCACCGGAGCGAGAGAGGGAGCAAACACGAAACUUUAGAUAUCGAUAAGGAGAGGAAACAGAGCGAGAGGUCGGGGAGCUGGAGGGAGAAGGAGAGAGGAGGGAAGGACUGGAGGGCUGAGGCGGCGAAAGGGAGAGAAGGAGGCGAGUCUGAGAGAGGGACGGGAAGGGAGGAACAUGGAAACGUGAGGAAGGAGUCUCGUAGAAGUCAGGAAGGGGCGUCGAGGAGGGAGGAGAGGAGUGGAGGGAAGGAGACUCCUCACGAUGAGACACGAGUGAGGAGGUUUGAGAGAGCAGGAGGUGAGGAGGAGGGGGAGGGAACGAGGAGAGAGGAGGGAGAGAGGAGAGGGCACAGAGGGUCCAGACCUCGAUCCAAAGCGAUGCUGGAGGACGGCCUCAAUAUCUAAAUAGUUUACCUGUGGCGUUUCUUUAUAUUAAUACGCACAUUAUCAAAUAAAACCACUUGUGCCAAAAUAUUAGUUUAGUAUGAGAAUGGGAAAAUGCUAAAUGAGUUCCUGUUGGACUUAAGUCUUGAAAUGUUAAAAAUGUAUAGUUUCUGAUUUGCAGCCAUCUUGUCUUUUCUUCACAUUUCAGGAGACUCACAUAAAAUAUCAUGACAUCUAAAGAAAAAAGUGAAGUUCCAGAAGACUAGAUAAUAGUGUAACAAAGGUUUCAGUCAUGGGAUCAAGUGGUUUAAAGGUUCAGUUUGGGAAAGUCCAAUUUUUAAAAUGAAUUUAAAUCGCCAAAGACAAGUUUUCCUGCCAAAAAGUGAAACAUCAAUGAGUCAUGGAGUCACGCUGGCUCAGAUAUCAAGCUUCAGGUUUGUAAGGUUUAGAGUUUUAUCUAAGUAUGUUUUUAUAUCUUGGAUUUCUCUCUCUCCAGUUCCCCGUUAAUAUUGCAGGAGAACAUGAUGUCAUUUGUUUGUAAAACCUCUACCAGUUAUUUCCAAUGUAAGACCAUGUUCUUCUCAGAAAACGUAGGAAUAAAGCAGAUUUUAAUUCAUAACAAUCACGUACACAUGUUGUAAACGUCCUAAAGGAAAGCCAACAUUAGCUUCAGCUGAACGUGCAGCUUGUAUCAAAGUACAUUUGGGCAUGUCAACAUGAAUGUGAUAAACGCAUGUACAGUGUUAAGGUCGACUGGGACUAAAGUCUGAUCCCAUCAUUUAAUCACUGGAAAUGUAGUGAACUGUUCUGGGUUCACUUAAACACCGAUUCAUCAAACGUUUGGGUUUAGCUUCUGUAAAGAAAGUGAAGACCCUGUGUGUAGAAAUGUUACGUGAUUAUGACCACUUUACUUUUGAAUUUUCUGAUAUUGUGUUGAGAUAGAACUUCAGGGCCAAAAAGCUGCAUUUAUGGAUGUUACCACUACAUUUUCAAAUCUACAGUAGGAGUUAUAACUUCCUCUUCUUCUUUUUUACUACCUAAAGCUGAUGCUCGUUUUAUAAAAAUAUUUGUUGCCAUGGCAUCCGAAUAGAAAUGCAACAUCUGACCUCGCUGCCAAUUAUGUGAGAUACAGUACAGUGGAGAUGCUGCUACUAUUGUGAUAAUGACUUCUGUAUCUAUGUUGUGAAUCACAUUUAUAUUUGUUUCUGAAACACGGUGUCUGUUCAUUUCUAUACUUCUGGUGUUUCAGGGAUAACUUUUUUGGGACUCUUUAAGUCUAUAAUGUGCCUUUUUGUGGUGGUUUUUAACCACAAGGAGAAACACAGGAAUUAUGUCAAACUGUUGUUAAAUGUUCCUGGGUGUCAAAUAAUUUGUUGUCUUUCUUUAAAUCCAGUUAAGACAAUGUUGACCGAUGCACUUUAACCUGACUCCUUCAUGUCAGGUUUGCUGUAUUUCAUGUCACUUCUUGAUGUAUUACUGUGUGUCUGUAUUCAUCAGCGGUGUCUUCUGUCGUCUCGUAUUCGUAUAUGUUCACUGUAUGUAUUUUAUAUGGGUAAAUAUUUUCUAUGGUGCUGGUUUCUUACAGAACAAAUAAAUUAUUACACUUA